CCGGGCGUUGUCGACUUUAGCUAAUAGAAAGAUGACAUUUAUGGAGAAAAUUUAUGGAGAACCGAGAAUUAAUCUUGAGGAAUGGCAACAAUGGCUUCAGAUAGAAACGAUAGAAUUUUUGUUGAAAAAGCUGGAACACACCGCGAAUUAUCACCGUCAAAAAACCCGAUUAGAUUCAAUCAAAGACAAAUUUUAUAAAUUAAAAAAUAGUAAGAUAUAG